UGGGAGAUCCAACUGUCACUUUUGUUAACGACGAGACUUUUACUGGAGGAUGACUAAGACUAAACCCCAGAAUUAGAUAGCCUUACAUGCCUGGUCAUGGGCAGUGCUGGACCAAGGCAGGCCUCCACUGCGGGAGCAUGGUCUCCUGCCCUAAACUCACAGCAGAGGAGGGCAGAGCAGAAUGUGGCCUCAGAGAGAUGGAGAAGGAAUGAUCUCACCCAGUUUUUCCUUCCAAAUUCACCAACGAGUUUAAGUCGCUCCUUCUCAAUAUGGAAGGAGAGGGGCAGGUAGUGUUCUACCAGUACAACUCCCUCCAUCUGGAAAGAAACACCAGGAGUAGGGAAGAAACCAUCUCUAUUCCAACAGGGAUCAAAAGAGCCAGAGAAAUCCAGAAGUCUCAUUAGAGUCAGGGUUUUCUGAAUGCCCACCCCUGUUCAUUUCUAUCUUCUUUUCUGUCCCCUCCACUUAAACAAAGGAACACAUGCAGGGCCCUGCUCACUCCGGAGACCAGGCUUUCUAGAUUUUCUAGAAGGUCCCCAUUUCAAAUAUUUUAUCCUAGUGGCAGAUCAUGUACCCUUUUUAGUUCGGAAAAAAUUGAUCACCAUUCUGUUAACCUGUUCUGGAUCCACAAAGGCAUCUUCAUUACUAUUCAGGAACCCAAUUUUUCUCCCAGUCUCUGGACAAAGCCUGCCCAUUUUCCUGUGGUGCAUAGAGUGACUAGAUUCAGCCCUGCCUCCCAACUGCACGGGGGGUUCACUCCAAGAAAUUGCCCCAAAUGAUUUCUGAAGGAGAGGGGUAUGGGCAGUGCUGAUGGGGAAAGAAAGGCCAUCUUAGAUCAGUCUCUAAGGGGCCAGCAGGUGUAACUGUGUGUGUCGCUGAGUUUAAGAUGUAGCAGGGAGUAGGGCCCUGUGGGUCUGCAGAAAAGAAGAGCAUGUCCCACCUGAAGACAUUCAAAUUCAUAUAUUUUAAAGACAUUAUGCUGGCCAAACCAAAUGAAUCUACAGCCAGAUUCUGCCCUGUGGAUGGACCAUGAGUUGGGAAAGGAUGGAGUGGAAGAAUAAGAGACUGAGGUUCGCUGUCAGGAAGGACAUUCUGACUCAGAGUGUUACCAUGCAGUGGUAAAGCAAUGGGCCCUGGGAUCCAGGAGUCUUUUGUUACCGGAAGACAUGGGCUGGUGCCUGGGCACUUGGAAGCUGAAGACCAAAAUCAGCCUUGUCAUCAGGGGACUGUGAGGCUAAAGCUUAAUGGCAUUGCCUGGGCAGAGUGGACUUGAGCAGAGCAGAAGCCUCUUAAUGGCAGCCUGAGGGGGUCCUAGGGCCACUGGGCAGAGAGCUAGGGGGCUGGAGAGUGGGGUCAGGUAAAGAGAGCCGUGGACCAGAUUUCAUUAGAGCUUGUGAAUUUGGAUCUUUCCGAGCACCACUGCUUUCUUUCACUGGCCUUCUUGAGAAGCACCACGCAGAAAAGGAAACAAGGCCGAAUCACAUUUGAUACUAUGGACUUCGUUGCAGAGGAGGGUCACUUUCCUCCAAAAGCCAUGCAUAUCGCACAGAAGCUGCCUUCCUGGAGGACAGAGUCUGAGAUCCAGACCCUCUGUAACCUCCUGCAGGUCCUGGACAGCUACCGAAACUACUCAGAGCCCCUGCAGCUGCUCCUGGCCAGAGUCAUGCGCUUUGAAAGGUUUGGUCGCAGGCGCGUGAUUGUCAAGAAGGGGCAGAGGGGCAACAGCUUUUAUUUCAUCUACCUGGGCACCGUCGCAGUGACUGAGGAUGAUGAUGGCAGCAGCGCCUUCCUGGACACCCACCCCAUAUUGUUGCAUAAGGGCGACUGUUUUGGGGAAUUGGGCGUUCUGACUCCGUCACUAAGGAGGGCCACUGUGGUCUGUAUGGAAGAAACAGAACUCCUGGUUGUCGACAGAGAAGAUUUCCUUGCGAAUAAGCUGGACCAAGAAUUCCAAAAGGACGCUCAGCAUCGAUUUGAAUUUUUUAGGAAGAUGGAUCUGUUUGAGUCGUUGUCUGAUGAGAAGCUCUGGAAGCUCGUAACCCUGGGGAAGGUGGAGAAGUUCUCGUACGGACAGCUGAUCUCAAAAGACUUUGUAGAAUCAUCUUCCAUCAUGUUUGUCAGCAAGGGCAGCUGUGAAGUGCUGCGUCUGAUAGACCUCAGGACCUCGCCUUUCUACUACAAGUGGAUCUGGCAGCAUCUGGAGCUGAUAGACAACAGACCUCUGAAGACCCACCUCAAUGAACCUUCUCCUGUGGAGAGAUUUAAGGAAUUUCAGAUCAAAUCAUAUCCUGUACAGGACUUUAGCUUUCUGAAACUUAAGCACCUCCAGAACUCCUGGGAGCCAAAGGGGACCAGCUUCAGUAGGAGGAUUAACACCUCAGGGAAUACUCUUCCAAAAAUGUUGGGCCCGAAGAUCAAAUCCAGGAAUCCUCAUUCACUUGAAUGUUCCAUGAUCAGUACCAAGUAUGGUGAUCUCCCUGAAGAGGCUGCUGUGGGCGCCUACAUCAAGAUCCACACUGUGGAGGAAGGAGAAACUGUGGGCCUUCACCAGAUCCUCCUCCCGGAGAACGAGCAUGACAUGCGGCCCUUGAUCCUCGUGAGCCUGGGAGCUGAGAUGAUACGGGUGAGGAAAGAAAAAUUUUGUGAACUGAUCGACAGUGAGGUAACAGAGAAGUUGUCCAGGUUCAAGGUCAACUACCCCAGUGAUGAAGAUCUGUGCCGGAAGUUCCUUCAGCAGAGCAGCUGGGAUAGCUUUCGGAAGGACCUACUGCGGCUGCUGGUGAAGCCUCGUCAGCGUCCACCGUUCACCCCGAUCCGGCCCAAGAAGAAGGGGAUCUACAGCCCCAAGUCUCUGAUUCUGGAUUUGUGCAGCUUCAACAAGGAGACUAAACCUUGUCAUACCGUUUUCGUGGCACCCCAGAAAUACCUCCUCCCAUUGAGGAUUGUCGAAGCCAUCACAGCACCCCGAUAUAAAAUCCAAGAACUCCUGCCUCAGUAUAAGAAUGCAGGAGUCCUUGUUUAGACCCAAUAAAAGAUGUUGGGUUGUCACUCUGUUUCCUGAGCGACCACCGUGGGAGUUGUGGGGCUCAGAGUCAGGGCUCCU